AUGGAGAGCUCCGGGAUGCUCCGCGGGCUGCUGCUCGUCGGCCUGCUGUCCGUCAUGUGUUGCGGUCAGACGUCGCAGGAAGUCUCCGUGGAGGACUUUGGACCGGACAAACCCGAACCCGCUGCAGACAGAGACCUGAUGGAGGCGCUGGAGGCUCUGCUGGGCGGGAUGCGUAAUCGGAUUCCCUCCACGGAGAAAAGAGGAAGCAUCCCACUGUGUGGGAUGGGCGACCGGUGUGCCAUGAAGUUCGGCCCUCGCAUCGGGAAGCUGUGUGACUGCGGCAGAGGAGCCAACUGUAACUCCUACCUGCUCAAGUGCAUCUGA